ACUAAAGACUGAAGAAUAUCGCGGACAUCGGUGAGCAGUACAUGUACAUGUACAUUCUCAAAUCUCCAGUCUUGUGAGAACCUUCUUCGUAUCUAGUUCGCUAAUUUCGCUCUUCCUGAUGAAGUUUAUGACAGGUUGGUUACAAUGAAAUAAUGUGAACGUGGUUUCGCGAGUUGGACGUGAUAUGGAGACUUUUAAUUGUAUGCCUAUUAUCACCAAAUCUAAACCGAGGCCUAACUUAACGGGGCAUUUUUAUCAUAAUGUGCCGAGGAAUAUGCGAACAGUUGGGAGCGAAUAUACUGUAGAAAACUCGACAGGUAUACGAACGAUAUCAUCGCGUAAUCAUGGCAAAUAUCCCUGGCAAGAACGAUCUCCACCGACAUCAGUUGCCUGUAUUGGAGUCGAACAAAAGACUCCAAAGGGUAAAUUAUGUUCCAUCACGUUAGCCAUAGCUUCCUUUGUAGUUCUAGUAGCUGUUCUAGUAAUUGCUGGUCUCGCAUUAUACAUGGGGGUGUUACACACGAAUACUCCAAAUGCACUUCUUACAUUUAGCUGUAGUGCAAAAAUCUUGAAAGGAGAUAGGUUUAUAGGAUCUUUCCAGGACAAGGCACGUAGAUAUAAAAGAAACUUUGAAACCAUGUAUCAAAGGAGUAUAUUAGGCCAAGCGUUUAUAUCUUGUAUUAUAGAAAAAUUUGGAAAUGACACAUUAACAAUAUAUUUUAAACUAACGUUCAAUCGCAUGAAAUUGUCAAGGAAUGUCUCAAAUAUUGAGAAAGCCAUUAAGGAUAUCCUCAUAACAGAUGCAAUUUCUAGACAUUCUGUAUUCAAAAAUAUUCGAUUUGAUCCAAAAUAUAUAACCGUAAGACAAGUAUUGAGUAACGACAUCAUUCAUCAAAUAAAUCUAAAUCCUUCUCUUAUUACACCAUCUGAUCAUAUGAUCAAAGGAACUGUUCCUGCAAAAACUAACGUAGUUUUAAGGUCUUAUACUAAUAAGACUUCAGCAACAAUUGCAGUUUCUACUAAUAAACCAGCUGAACCAGUAAUGAAAUCAGUACCUGAACAUACAGAUCAAAUUAAAGAACACCACGUGCCUUUGAUCCAAGGUUCUUUUAAAAUAAGUAAAACUGAUGCUGAUAUUACCGAGAAAAAGAUUGAGCAAUCUACUGUUAAAUUCAAACCUGAAAAACCUACACAAGCUUUUAGCAAAAAAUCCACUUUUAAAGAAUCAUCUAUUACUAGUGCGUUGUAUAAAAUGGGAGCUGUAGAAAAAGUUACCAAGCAAUCUGCACUGCCUAUAGAAAAUACAAAUUCAGUAUCAUCGACAACUACAAGUACAAUUAUACCGCCCACAACAACCGUAACAACUAAUAAAAUAAUGUAUCUUCCUGAAUCGUCUGCUAAACCUGUAUUCUUGUUAAAUCCCUUUGACGAUGCUCCUUGGAUUCCAAUUCUACCAAACAUGUCACCUUUUACAGAUAAACCUACUAAUUAUAAACACAAUGAAUUUCUAAACAAUCCAUAUUAUUUAAGGUCAACUCUAACACCUUUAGCUGAGCAAAAUCAACCUGUUUACACUAGUUUUACCAACUUGGGAUUGUCAGUAAACUUUAAUGAUGCAGAGAGAUUGGGAUCGACAAGUUUAAAAAGUCAUCCUAUUCCAGUAAACAAAAUACCACAAAUUGAAGAUUCGACUAAUCCAACGAAACAAGACAUUUUUUCUAACUUCAAUAAUGAAAAAUUUAGUCAAACGUCGUAUGUAAGUUAUACAGACUCAUCUCCGCUAAAACAAGUCACUCAUAGCACUAAAAAUGAGGAAGUUAGCGAAUUUCCUAUAAUGACAGCUAAACCAAACUCCAUGGAAUUUGUUAUAAUCGAAACUCUUCAGAAUGUUCCCAACAAAAAGGAAGACUCGGAAGAUAAGAAACAACAAUUAAUUAAAAAUAUAUCUUCUAUAUUUCGUACCUUAGCAUCUUCACCAGAUGCCUCUAGAUUAAAUUUUUCUUCCAUACAGACUACUUCUAUUAACCCUAAAGAAGAAGAACAUUUUUCGGGUCAAGGACAAGUAGAAGUUGUAGUGGAUGAUGUUGAUGAUUUAGUGCUGCACACGACAAAAAAUUCACUGAUAACUUUACUUCCUGUUAAGUCUAAUUCAGGUAUUGGGAGACCAAUACGAAAAAGACCAUUUCAAUCUGCAGAGGACAGAAUGGCCGCGGAAAACAGGAGUUUUCCUAACCAGCCCCCACAAGUAAAUUUUAAGCCAGUAAUAAAUAACAAGGAUGUGAAACGAGCUAAUGAUGAUUUUAAAAUAAUGGGCACAUUAAAUUUUGCUACUGAAGAUUCUCUAGAAAAUAAUAAUUACUCUGACAUUGUAAGGUAUCCUAAAAUGGAAGUAGAAGUGCCCUUAGAAAAGUUUCAAUCUGAUUCAAUUGUUUAUGGUAAAAACGAGACUGAAUUCAAUAAAACUCAUGGUUAUAAUACUCUAACAGCAGAAGAAAUUAGGAAAUUAUCAGAGAUUAGCAAAAUUACAGAUAAUUCAAGUUCUGUAAAUAAAGCACCUGUAAUUUCUAACAAAGGCAUAUUUUCAAGUUACACCAAUCUCAACGGACUUAAAAUACUAACUAAACCUCACAUGAAGAUCAAUUUAUCCCCCAUCGACAAAACUGGAAAAGGAAAUGUCUCAGGUCGUCUAUAAAAGAAUCCAGUCUUCUCAUAACAUUGGGACUUCUUCGAACCGCUACGCGUGUCAUAUCCAGUUGUGCAGUAACAGCUUGCGGACCAAGUAUAUAGUAUAUUUUAGAUGAAUGCAGCUUUUUCUGGUCUUGUAUGCAUUAAAAUUAGACACUUGAACACUGACUAUACUUGUAGGUAUUGCGUUGACCCGGCGAGUCAGCAAUCUUAAACUUUUGGCCAAGAAAGUCAAUAGCGCCCAAUCUAAGAGGAGGAAUGGAACUAGAGAGAGAUAGAGAGAGAACUAUACUUGUAUAUAAGAUGGAAGGCAACCAUAAAUAUGUAUUUCUGAUUAUUUGAUAGUCAUCAGUAUGGUACAGCCAAGUUAGAAAAGGAGAACAUUAACUAUGUGUAUAUGUUACAGUUCAAGUUGAUUCUCAGUUAGAGUUGACUCCAACUAGUUGGAGUCAACUCCAACUGAAACGAGCAGUAAAAGUUGAUUUUAAAAAUUUAAAUCAACUUUUACUAGUUGGAGUUGACUCUUCCUGGAUCGAUUCAGUAAAUGUUGAUUAUACGAGAAUCUCAAGUGCAUUUUUGAUGAGUGUGCGUUUCUUUGUUUUGACCGUUUCAACUACUUAUUAGUAUAGUCUGUAACGUCGCCCCCGUUAGGUAAAUUAUUCUGAUUCGAUUUUUUGCACAAACUUACUCAAAGAAAUAUGUACAUCCGUAUAACAAUCCUUAUAACAAAUACACAGGGUGUCACGCGGUACCGCGGUCGAAAAAUUGUUUAAUCAAUUUUUGUUAACCAAAUUCACAAAAAUAAUUUUUAUCUACUCUAUCUCAUAUUAUGUAAAGCAGCGGUUCUCAAUCUGUGGUACAUGUACCACUGGUGGUACAUAUCAUUAUUUGCGGUGGUACACAAAACACACAAAAACAUAAAAUAGUAGUACAUAGUAAGUCUUGAUUAUACAAUCUAAAAAUAUAGAAAUAUAAUAAAAGAAACUUUAGAUGGUACAUGACUCAAAAAGAUUGAGAACCGCUGAUGUAAAAGUUUUAAUGUGUGAAAAUUGUAAAUAUAGAUAGCAGUGCAUGAAGGGUUUAAAGUGUGUCUGAAGUAACAAUGUAUUUUAAAUGUGUUUUACUUUUUCGCACUGUUUUUUAGCACACUUUCAUAUAAUUAAACAUCCUUAACUUUCGCCUUCGGGAGGAAAUCAGACACGCCCUUGCAACGGCAACUGAAAUGCUCACAAAACAGCGACCACGGAAGCAAAUAUGGAUGACAGAGGAAAUAUUGGAUUUAAUGGAUGAAAGAAGAAAAUGAAUAUUACCACCCUUGGAUUAUAAGCUUUCAUUUGACACCUCAUUUGUCAUAUCGGAAAAGAAAUGAAAGGCAGAAUUUACAAAUCAGUCAUCAGACCAAUAAUGACAUACGCGGCAGAAACACAACCCGACACAGAGAGGACAAAAAGAUUGCUCGAAACAGUCGAGAUGAAAACCCUUCGAAAAAUCGAUAGUAAGACUCUAUGGGACAGAGCUAGAAGUACAGAUAUACGACGGAGAUGCAAGGUGGAUAACAUUAAUAACUGGGUAAUAAACAGAAGAAUAGAAUAGAAUGACCACAUAAGUCGAAUGACAACAAAUAGGGUAGUCAGGACAGCGAGAGACGGUUCCCCAAUAGGAAGACGUUCAGUGGGAAGACCACGAAAACGAUGGAACGACAACUUACUAGAGGCACAUUGAAAAAACAGACAAAGUAAUGUCUAUACAAAAAGAAGAAGAUUUGUCAAUCUACCUGUUAUAAUGACGAAGGAGUUAUAUUCGCGGACGGACGGACAGACAGCCUAGGUUAAAUUUGUCACCUUUAGUACCAUCCUUGGAUAUUAAUCUUUCAUUUGACACCUCAUUUUUUGUCAUUCUACCUGUUAUAAUUAACGAGGAGGUAUACUCGCUGUCGGACAGAUGGUACCAGGCAGUACCGUGGUCGAAAAAUUGUUUAAUAGUUAAAAAUUCUCGUUGGAACUUUACCGCGCUGAGCAGAUGGGACGUGAAUUGUAAAUUGUAGAAUUCCCUCAUCUUCCUUAGUCUCAGCAUCCGUAUGGCUUGCAAAUUGUAGAAGCCUCGGAGGUGUAACCAGAGAAGGUUCCCAUUGUUUUCAUUCUGGUGGGGUGUAGAAUAGCAUUAUGUUGUUUUAUAUGCCAUUAGAGUGAAAACUUAGUCUUUUUGCUAGCAGUUGCCGCUAGGGCAUCUAUGCCAUUUCGUUCGUUGCAAUCCGGGACUGCACGCUGGGGUUUGUUUUGGUUGGAUCGGGGAGAGCAGCAUAUGUGCCUCCUGAUGAGAGACUAAUAAGUUUCGAAACCGGUAGGGGUGCUUGCAGCACUCUCUGAUUGGACUAGAAUAUGGUUCGGCUGUAUUUUCGUUUUGCAACGAAAUUGAAAAUGGUUAUUCAUUUUUGAUUUACAUUUACUCUGUGUGGAGUAUGAAGGGAACCAUUCUCGUUGGAACUUUACCGCGCUGAGCAGAUGGGACGUGAAUUGUAAAUUGUAGAAUUCCCUCAUCUUCCUUAGUCUCAGCAUCCGUAUGGCUUGCAAAUUGUAGAAGCCUCGGAGGUGUAACCAGAAAAGGUUCCCAUUGUUUUCAUUCUGGUGGGGUGUAGAAUAGCAUUAUGUUGUUUUAUAUGCCAUUAGAGUGAAAACUUAGUAUUUUUGUUUAAUAGUUAUUUAUGUACGAAGUCAGUAAAGUGGCUCUUUAUCGAACGAGUCUGAUAUUACGAGCAGGGCAAGCGAAGCGAGCAACAGACGCGUUCGAUAAAGAGUAUUGAGGUGGUGCGUACAAAAUUGUAUCGUCAAUCAUAAAAAACAUUAACACUUACAAUUUUGAGGAAAUUUUUUUAAUUUUAGACGAAAUAAAAAAUUCGUAUGACAGUAAUGACAGAUGACUUUUGCAUGAUGGCCGGUUUUGAUGUUUAAUCGAUAGUUAUCAAUAUUGUAUACCUACCUAAUUAGUAAAUCUGUAAAGUUUUGAUUUAUUUUGUAUGAAUAUAAUUGCGAAACACUACAUAAUUUUACUUUUUGACAUAAAUUUUAUUAAUAAUAAGACAAAUUUUGUACAAUAUUUUUAAUAAUUAAAGUAAAUAAAUUUUAAUUUCACUCAAAUAAAUAAUCGAUUGCUGCCAUUGACCACUUACAUUCAAUCUCGGUUAAUUUGAUUAAUAAUCGCGGCAGGUAAAGUAACAUUCUUCUGUCAAUACAACAAAGUGUUACUUUACUGCCGAAAAUUAGGGCAAAUGAGUACAAUAAUGAAUGAUUUUAGUGACGUUUGGCGAUAAACAAUGAUUUUACACAAAUUCGCAAAAAUAAUUUUUGAAGUUAUACUUCUUUACCGGCGAUAGAGGGUAAAUUUUUAUAUGGGAAAACCUAGCGACCGGGCUCAUGCGCAUUAUAACUUUGUUCUGAUUGGAUGUUCAAAUGACAUGUCAAAAAUUAUUCAAUAUGGUGGCUGUGGCACAGCUGUAGUUAGAUUAUUUAUAUGGUUGUUGCGUUUUAAAAUUUGUGUGAAAAGAAACAACAAACAAAAGUUAGUUAAUAGUUAUACUGCCUUUUUAAAUAGUUUUCAUAUACCUAUAUUUUUGGACUUUUGGACUAUUUUGGACAAGGAAAACUCAUUCUAAUUUGGUAAGUACCUAGUUUUUAUUAUAAUCAUAUUGUAAUUAUACAUUUGGAUUAGGUUGAAAUACAUACAUUUAUUUUCUCAAGAAUGCGGAUUUUAGAGAGAAAUCCCAAAUUAGGUUCGAUUUUUAUUUUUAAAUUAUGAUUUUUUGGCGUAGAUUUAUUUAUGUAGUAGGUAUGUAAUGCUUUGAUUUACAUACUUAAUUUGAUUACCAACAAAAGUUCUACCAAUCUUCAUCUAAUAUAUUGUUUUCUUACUGUUUUGUUAUAUUUUUAUAUUUUCUUCCACAAAAUUUAAACUACAUAAUUUUCAAAACAAUUGUCAAACAGUAAAACGUUCAGUUACCGUAUUUUUCCACAUGAUAAAUAAUGUGCGAUUGGACGAGUGAGUCUACGCUUCGAUUACGAGUCAAAGCGGCACGAAAUUCAAGGGUUCAAUUCCCGAUGCAAGUUUUAUUUUUUUAUGCAUAUUAUGAUUGUAAGUAUAUUUGUUAUAUAAUUUUUUUUUCAGCAAAUGCGUAUUUAAAAUUUUUGCCAACAAUUAUUAUCGUCCAGAAAUCAUUUUUUCUUUGUGGCAUUUUUCAAUGUGUUUGUGUGCGUUUUAUUCUUUAAUUUUUUUAAAUUUUUGGUAUAGUCUUAAAAAUCACAUAAUAUGUAGUAGAAGUAUAACUUCUUACGUGCGUACAAAGUACACACACAUUCUUUUUUUCACUUCGUACAAAUUUUCUUUAGAUCCUUUGGGCCUUUUUUCUCUAAAAUUGACUGCUGUCGAGUUAUUAGCGACUUAAAAUUUGAAAAACGCCAAAAUAACCAUUUUCAAGGUUUAAUAACUCGGUUAAAGAUAAUUAUUGUGAAAGUCGAGCGAGCGGCCGUGGAGUAACGGCAUAAUCGCUGGCCUCAUACGCCAGUGCACGUGGGUUCGAGCCCUGCCAAAGACAAACCAUUUUCAUUUCCAAUAAUGACACGAGCCGUCUCACCGUGUCUCGGAGAGCACGUUAAGCCGUCGGUCCCCCUGGGCUAGUGUACAUCAACACUAGUUACUUGAAACAGGGUUAAAGGUGUAAUUGGCGCCGGAACUGUCCGAAAGGCAAAAAUGCCAUACGAUAUUAUAUAUUAUGAAAGUCAGAAACUAAAAAAAUCAACGAUUAAAGCUACCUCUAUAAGAUCCUGAAGAAAUUUUUGUCAUUAUUUCAUUAAUAAGAUAUUAUUUUUAAUUAUCAACAAUGAGCGCUAAGCGUGUAUUGAGGCGGCCGUCAAUGUGAGUGCGAGUGAGAUUCACCAUUGGACGGCCGGAAUGGUGCAUCUCUUUAGCACUCACCAUUGACGGCCGCCUAAUACGCACUUAGCGCUCAUUGUUAAUAAUUAAAGAUAAAGCUUAGUAAUCAAAUAGUGACAAAAAUUUCUGCUGGAUCUUGUAGAGGGGGCUAUAAACUUUGAUUUGGUUACUUUCUGACUUUCAUAACAAUGGAUUUUAACCGAGUUAUUAAGCCUUGAAAAUGGCUAUUUUCGCAUUUUUCAAAUUUUAAAUCGCGUAUAAGUCGACAACAAUCAAUUUUGGAGAAAAAUCACAAAAUACCUUUUUUUGCUCAGAAUAACCCAAAUGAUCUAAAAAAAAAAUUGUUCGAAGUGAAAAAAUUAUUUUUGUGAAUUUGUCUAAAAAAAAAUUGUUUAAACAAUUUAUCGAUCAAGGUACUGCCUGGCACCCAGUAGAUUUGUUACAAAGAGUACCUGGCACCCAGGUACUAUUCAGUAACAUUUAAUUUCUAGAAUCGGCUGUUUGUGUGAAUCAGAAUCAACUUUUACUAAAUGGCAUUGGGAAGAGUAUACUUUAACUAGUUGGAGUCUACUUUUACUAGUAAAUGUUGAAUAUAAAUCUUCAUUUUAUAUUUAUAAUUUAUAAUCAACUUUUACUGAAACCAGCCGUUAGAGUUGACUCGAACUAGUAAAAGUCAACUCCAACUGGAUAAUCAACUUGAACUGUAACAUAUAUAAUAGGUUUAAGAAGCAUUAUAGAUCUAGAUCAACAAUAUCAUUAAAGAAAAAACUAGCUUAUGGGUAUUUCUUUUCAAACUCUGAAAAUAUAGCUCGUGACAGUUGGAAAGUUAUAAACUAUCACAGAAAUAAAGUUCAAAAUAAAAAAGUUGUUCCUAGUACGAUCUCAUCAAACGAUUUCAAUAAUUACUUUAUAUCAGUAGCUAAAAAUAUAAGAGGUUCUUUUAGUUCUACAAAUGAAAAUGUAGCUAUAGAUAUUUUGAAAGAUGUACAAUCUCCUUGCCACUCUUUAUUUUUACUACCUGUUACUGAUAUUGAAAUCAGAAAUGUUUUGCGUGGCUUGAAAAAUUCACAUUGUACAGAUUUUUAUUUCUUAAACAAAAAAAUAAUUGUUGAAACUAUUGAUAUUGUUAUUGACAAAUUAGUUUUACUUUAUAAUAAUUGCCUUAUUGAGGGGAUUUUCCCAGAUGUACUAAAAGUAACAAAAGUGUUACCACUAUUCAAAAAUGGGUCCUUAGAUGAAAUUGGAAAUAAUCGUCCCAUCUCUACCAUUCCCAUUUUCGGUAAAAUUUUUGAAAGUAUUCUUAAUAUGCGUUUGAUAGAAUAUCUAGAUAAACACAAAAUACUUCACUGUAAUCAAUAUGACUUUAGAAAAAAGUGCAGCACUACACAAGCUAUACAAAAAAUUGUGAGAGAUAUAGUAGACGGCUUGGAGGAAGGUCAUUUAGUGUCUUUGACAUUGUGUGAUUUAUCCAAAGCUUUCGACUGUGCCUCGCAUAAAUUACUGUUGGAAAAAAUGCAUAAAUAUGGUAUAAGGGGAACCACUCUCAAUAUAUUUAAAUCUUAUUUAACAAAUAGAAAACAGGCAAUUUUUCUUAAUAAUACCUAUUCUGAUUUGAACACGGUCGAAUACGGGGUUCCUCAAGGUUCAAUACUAGGACCCACUUUGUUUCUUAUUUAUCUGAACGAUCUAUUUCACUACACUUUUCCCAUAAAAUGUGUGUGCUUUGCAGAUGAUACCACUCUCAUAAAUACUGACAUUAAUCAGCAUAAUUUGAAAAUUAAAAUAGAUAGUGAUACUCAGAAAGCAAAAAACUGGUUUUUGCAUAAUGGUCUGAAGCUCAAUGAAGACAAAAAUCAGAAUUUGAUGUUUAGUUCUGAUCGGAAGUAUGUCUUAGGAAAUAGUGUUAAACUCUUAGGAAUUUUCCUCGAUGAUAAUUUGGACUGGAGUGCUCAUACAGACCACUUAAGUUCUAAACUUGCUACAACUAUAUUUUUGAUACGCAACUUAGUUUUUAUGAUCCCUAAAAGUACCCUUAGAAUGAUCUGCUUUGCACUGUUCCAUAGCCAUUUAAAGUACGGAAUAACUGUUUGGGGUGGCUCUUGUUACGCAGACAGAAUUUUUAAAUUACAAAAGAAAGUAGUGAGGAUACUUGCAGGAGCAGAGUAUAGGGAACACUGUAAACCUUUAUUUCAGGAGUUAGGUAUUAUGUCAUUACCUUCACUCUAUAUAUAUGAGACGCUGAUUGAAAUUCAUUCCAACAAAAGUAAGUUUAACAUAAACUCCAACUUCCAUGAUUACCAUACAAGAUCGAGAGAUGCUAUUAGAGCACAACGUUUUAGGUUGACAAAAAGUAUAAAAAACUCAACUGAUGUUAAUUUGUACAAUAUUUUGCCAGAUGAUUUAAAAAGUCUUCAUUUACAGUCGUUUAAAACUAAAAUAAAAUCACACUUUUUAAAACAUUGUUUUCACACAAAGACAGAGUACUUAGGUAUAUACCGCUUUUAUACAAUAGUAAUACUAGUUUGGUCAGGUUUUUUUGCCGAUUAUGACGAUAUUUCAUGUUUUUAUGUUUAUUUCGUGUCUUUACGUUUUUAUAUACAGGGUGAGUCAUGAGGAACUGUACAUACUCCUACCUCGUAUAGAGGCUCCUAUGGGGAAUAACAAAUGACCAUUAAAAGUGUCUGCUCCCAUUGUUUAAUAAUAUACAGGGCGAGUUUCGCAUUUUGACAGAAAUUUGUAUUCGUCAUAAUUUUUGAACUGUCAGAUCGAUGUGUCUCUUAUUUUGGCAAAUCGUUACACUAUUACCACCUAAUCAACUGAUUUAUUCAAACUAGAAAAAAAUCAGGUCCGGCUUUAAAAAAUUAGUUCGUUUGGGUCUUACAAAAAACUUCACCCUGUAUACGCUUUUUGAAAACUCUAAUAUGAAUUUUACAAAUUAGACAAAUAGGCAAUUAAAAUGGCAUAUUUAUUUUUCCCCACACGAUUACUUAAUUUUUUAUAAAAAAAUCAAAUUUGACUAUGAAUUAAAAGUUGGUAAAGUGAACCAUAGAUUUAAAAAAAUUAACUUUUAUUACAAAAAUUAAUUUUUUUUUAAACAAAUAUUUAAUUUAUGUUACCACCCAAUCAACUGAUUUAUUCAAACUAGAAAAAAAUCAGGUCCGGCUUUAAAAAAUUAGUUCGUUUGGGUCUUAGAAAAAAUUUCACCCUGUAUAAGCUUUUUGAAAACUCUAAUAUGAAUUUUACAAAUUAGACAAAUAGGCAAUUAAAAUGGCAUAUUUAUUUUUUCCCCACACGAUUACUUAAUUUUUUAUAAAAAAAUCAAAUUUGACUAUGAAUUAAAAGUUUGGUAAAGUGAACCAUAGAUUUAAAAAAAUUAACUUUUAUUACAAAAAUUAUUUUUUUUUAAACAAAUAUUUAAUUUAUGUUACCACCCAAUCAACUGAUUUAUUCAAACUAGAAAAAGAUCAGGUCCGGCUUUAAAAAAUUAGUUCGUUUGGGUCUUAGAAAAAAUUUCACCCUGUAUACGCUUUUUGAAAACGCUAAUAUGAAUUUUACAAAUUAGACAAAUAGGCAAUUAAAAUGGCAUAUUUAUUUUUUCCCCACACGAUUACUUAAUUUUUUAUUAGAAAAAUCAAAUUUGUCAAAAUCGCAAUUUUACCAUAAAAAUAAAAAAAAUUAAACGUUUUUCUUAAAAUUAAAAGUUACACCAUUUUUUUUUUCUAUGACACGUCUAGAUCUAAAACUCCCCAUAACACUUCUCUUUGGACUCUAUAGUUUAACAUAGACGUGAUCAAAUAGAUAAAUUUUAAAUUUUUUCACUUAUUUUUGAGAUUUAACUUUGCAAUUCACGAAUCUGCACCUUUUAUUUUUAAAAAUUCAUAACUUUUACGAGAAGCAGACUGAAAGUCUACAACAAUUUUCAUAGUCUUCACAAUGGUAAGAGAUAUGUGCUGUAAAAAUUUCAGAAAAAAACAUUAAAAUGGAACAGAGUUGUAGCGAGUUUAUUAAACCGUGAUUUCAUUUUUUUUUUUUUCAUUUUUAGGUUAAAAUUCCGAUUUUGACAAAUUUGAUUUUUUAAUAAAAAAUUAAGUAAUCGUGUGGGGAAAAAAUAAAUAUGCCAUUUUAAUUACCUAUUUGUCUAAUUUGUAAAAUUCAUAUUAGAGUUUUCAAAAAGCGUAUACAGGGUGAAAUUUUUUCUAAGACCAAAACGAACUAAUUUUUUAAAUCCGGGCUUGAUUUUUUUUCUAGUUUGAAUAAAUCAGUUUUGGGUGGUAAUAUAAAUUAAAUAUUUGUUCAAAAAAAAAAUAAUUUUUUUAAUAAAAGUUAAUUUUUUUAAAUAUAUGGUUCACUUUAUUUACCAAACUUUUAAUUAUUCAUAGUCAAAUUUGAUUUUUUUAUAAAAAACUAAGUAAUCGUGUGGGGAAAAAAUAAAUAAGCCAUUUUAAUUGCCUAUUUGUCUGAUUUGUAAAAUUCAUAAUAGAGUUUUCAAAAAGCGUAUACAGGGUGAAAUUUUUUCUAAUACCCAAACGAUCUAAUUUUUUAAAGACGGACCUGAUUUUUUUCUAGUUUAAAUAAAUCAGUUGAUUGGGAGGUAACAUAAAUUAAAUAUUUGUUUAAAAAAAAUUAUUUUUGUAAUAAAAGUUAGUUUUUUAAAUCUAUGGUUCACUUUACCAAACUUUUAAUUCAUAGUCAAAUUUGAUUUUUUUAUAAAAAAUUAAGUAAUCGUGUGGGGAAAAAAUAAAUAUGCCAUUUUAAUUGCCUAUUUGUCUAAUUUGUAAAAUUCAUAUUUGAGUUUUCAAAAAGCGUAUACAGGGUGAAAUUUUUUCUAAGGCCCAAACGAACUAAUUGUUUAAAGCCGGACCUGAUUUUUUUCUAGUUUGAAUAAAUCAGUUGAUUGGGUGGUAACAUAAAUUAAAUAUUUGUUUAAAAAAAAUUAAUUUUUGUAAUAAAAGUUAAUUUUUUUAAAUCUAUGGUUCACUUUACCAAACUUUUAAUUCAUAGUCAAAUUUGAUUUUUUUAUAAAAAAUUAAGUAAUCGUGUGGGGAAAAAAUAAAUAUGCCAUUUUAAUUGCCUAUUUGUUCAAUUUGUAAAAUUCAUAUUAGAGUUUUCAAAAAGCGUAUACAGGGUGAAAUUUUUUCUAAGACCCAAACGAACUAAUUUUUUAAAGCCGCACCUGAUUUUUUUCUAGUUUGAAUAAAUCAGUUUAUUAGGUGGUAAUAGUGUAACGAUUGGCCAAAAUAAGAGACACAUCGAUCUGACCGUUCAAAAAUUAUGACGAAUACAAAUUUCUGUCAAAAUGCGAAACUCGCCCUGUAUAUUAUUAAACAAUGGGAGCAGACACUUUUUAAUGGUCAUUUGUUAUUCCCCAUAGGAGCCUCUAUACGAGGUAGGAGUAUGUAGAGUUCCUCAUGACUCACCCUGUAGUGUGUUAAAUUGUUUAAAUUUGUUAGUACCUGUUUGUAUAUCUAUUCUUUAUAAUAAUUAACUUUUAAAUUAAUUUUGUCAAAAUUUUGUAAUGUAGGUAUUUUUUUGACUUGUCAAAAACAACAAAAUUUUGUAUAUUUGAUUAAAUAAAUUCUAUUCUAUCUUCAUUUUUAAGAA